CUUAUCCCAGACAGCUCAUAGAGAGAGAGAGAGGACCUUCACCGAUCGGAAACCCUAGGAGAGAGAAAAGUUAGUUAGAGAGCAAUGGCGGAAGCGAAUCCUAGCCGUGGCAACGGUAGAAGAGGCGGUGGACCAAUGGACGACGACAAACUAGUCUUCGAAACAACCGAAGGGAUCGAGCCCAUCACCAAUUUCAACGACAUGGGGAUCAAGGAAGACGUGCUCCGCGGCGUCUACGAGUACGGCUUCGAGAAACCCUCCGCGAUCCAGCAGAGAGCCGUCAUGCCGAUUCUCCAAGGCCGCGACGUCAUCGCCCAGGCUCAGUCCGGUACCGGGAAAACCUCGAUGAUUGCUCUCUCCGUCUGCCAAAUCGUCGACACUUCGUCUAGAGAAGUUCAGGCGUUGAUAUUGUCUCCAACGAGAGAGCUGGCUUCGCAGACGGAGAAGACUAUUCAAGCGAUUGGGUUGCACGCGAAUAUUCAGGCGCAUGCGUGUAUUGGUGGGAAGAGCGUUGGGGAAGAUAUUAGGAAGCUGGAGAACGGUGUCCAUGUUGUGUCUGGGACGCCUGGGCGUGUUUGUGAUAUGAUUAAGAGGAGAAGUUUGCGUACCAGGGGUAUUAAGCUUUUGAUUCUUGAUGAAUCUGAUGAGAUGCUGAGCAGAGGGUUCAAGGACCAGAUUUAUGAUGUUUACAGAUAUCUUCCACCUGAUCUUCAGGUUUGCUUAGUUUCUGCAACUCUUCCUCACGAGAUUUUGGAGAUGACAUCAAAGUUUAUGACGGAGCCAGUAAAGAUACUUGUGAAGCGUGAUGAGUUGACUCUUGAAGGCAUUAAACAAUUUUUCGUUGCUGUUGAGAAGGAAGAAUGGAAAUUUGAUACACUUUGUGAUCUUUAUGACACACUUACUAUUACUCAAGCUGUUAUCUUCUGCAACACUAAACGAAAGGUGGAUUGGCUAAGUGAGAAAAUGAGGACUAACAACUUCACAGUUUCAUCAAUGCACGGUGACAUGCCUCAGAAGGAAAGAGACGAAAUCAUGAAUCAGUUCCGGUCAGGCGACAGUCGUGUUUUGAUCACGACGGAUGUAUGGGCACGUGGUAUUGAUGUGCAGCAAGUUUCUCUUGUCAUCAAUUAUGAUCUUCCUAACAACCGUGAGCUCUACAUCCAUCGUAUUGGAAGAUCUGGUCGUUUCGGGCGUAAGGGUGUUGCGAUCAACUUUGUUAAAAGCGACGACAUCAAGAUCCUCAGGGACAUUGAGCAGUACUACAGUACCCAGAUUGACGAGAUGCCAAUGAAUGUAGCUGAUCUUAUCUAAAAAGACCUUGUCUGGCAUUUUUGUGAUGGUCUUUUUGCUUUCAAUGUGAAGUGUCUGGAUGAUGGUCUUUUUGCUUUCAAUGGGAAGUGUCGGAUGAUAAAGUAUUGUUCGGAGCUUGCGUAAGAUUAUUGUUUUAUCUUUUGAUGCUUCACUGAAUACCUCUACCCGCUUUGAUGUUUCUUUGGGUUCUUUCGAACACUCGUGUGGUAAAUGUUUAAUGACUUGUGAAGCGAUUUCGGUAGAGUUUAGUCUUCUCUCCCUUGUAAUUUGUUUUGCUUUGUUGCUCAAAUCUCCAACUUUCAUUACUUUGUAAGGCUACGAUCAACAGUUGAAAAAGGUUCAGUGUUUUCUUA